AUGUAUUUCUCGUUGCGGGUAAACUUAACGCUGGAACAGGGAGGGGAUUCCACCUUGUCUCAGAAAUGUGCUGGAUCAUUGAGGACUGUAGGUUCGCAGUACUCAUCCGUAAGUGAGAUGGAGGAAAUUCUGCGCCUGAGGGCAACAAUAGAAAGCCAGGCAAAUCAAAUACGCGUGCUGGAGGGAACGGUGCGUGCUCUAGAAGAAGAAUUGUCCACCCGCGCCGAACGCGAAGCUGGCAUGGAAACGAUGUUGAAACGGACUUUGCAGAAAGAAUACGAGACUGCUUUGGAGCACGAAGGAAUUGUGGAAGAAUAUGAAGCGCGUCUGAAAGCCCGAGAAGACAUCAUUGUCUCUCUGAGGAAGGAGAGCGAAUGGAUGGUAGAUGAUUUGCGAAGAGCGCGAUGCUUUCUGCCACUCAAGAGGGUCAACCCGUUGGAGAACGUCUUCCGACAAUCGCAGGAGGACGAGCUCCUCCUCGCCUAUCUAUCUCGUUCAAUGGUGGAGAAAUCCACCAUUGAGAUUCAGCGAGAUGGUAGGGCGUUCUUGACGCUUCUAAUGGUCGACAAUACGACCAUUAGUGGUUUAAUGGAGCGCAACGACGGAACCCCAUAUAACUGGGAGGAAAUCAACGACGACAACGUUUGGAGAGGGGACCGCCCAGGAUUGAAACUCCAAUUCGGGCAUAUAACUAUCAUAAACCUAGGAGGGUUUAUGUAUAUGCCUCCGAGGAUGGCUGCGUUGCUGAAGCGCAGUGUCGAAAACAUCAGCGGCAUCUAUUUAGUCGUAGCCAUUUCCAUGGUUCACUGAUCCCUCAUCCUCAGUAGCUCACCCUCACGUACAUCAUCAUCCUCGAAUCGUAUGCCUAUCGUCAAUCUUGAAGAUGUUCUCGCCGUAAACGCGUGUCCAACCAUCUAUGCACGCUACCCGGAAGAACAACCACGCCUAUCU